AUGUUUGUUGUUGUUGAUGUGUCGCUCUGGGUUGUUAAUGGAGGCACUGAGAGUGGAGCACAAAAUGGAGAUCUCGGUAAAGAUAACUUUCCACCGCUGGACAUUGAUAUGGAGGACGAGGACGAUGGCGAGUUUUCCAUUUCCAAGAUAAAAUCUCAGCUGGGAUUUGCUGAUGAUGAGGAAGGCACCUUUCUUGGAGUUCCCAAGGAUAGCACAUUCAAGGAAGACUCGGAGCAUAAAGACGUGGAUGAUGAUGCUGCAAGUGUGGUGACCACGAGUAUAGCUCCGCCAGUGCCUGUGGUGAAGUUACCCGAGAUACAGAAGCCUUUCCAGCCUGGCAUGUCCCCAGAGCACCUCAAUGACAGAUAUAUGCUGUGGAACAAUGUGGGCAUCGUGCGGCAGUACUCUAGUGAGGACGAAAAUAGCAUUGACAUAGAGUUCCAUGACACUUCAGUGCACCACUCCCUGCACUUUAACAACAGUGUUGGUCACUCCAUGGCAGCACUCUCAACACAUGCACUGGCUCUUGCUUGUGAGUCCAGUGAAGACCAACCUAGUAAACUGGUAGUGCACCACUUCUCUGGCUGGGGUACCAACAAGGAGUGGUAUGUUGAUUUGCCUGAGGAAGACAUCCAGGCUGUGUGUCUGGGAUCUGGCUGGCUUGCCGUUGCUACCGAUCGAAGGAACCUGCGCAUCUUCUCCACGUCAGGCAUCCAAAGAGACAUCCUGGCUAUCCCUGGACCAGUUGUGUGUUUAGCUGGAUUUGAAGAUCAGAUCAUGCUUGUUUAUCAUGGUGGCAUGGGUGUAUGUGGAGACCAGCACUUGGAAAGCAUUGUACUAAACGUGAGUGGUGGUCGUCACCCAGUGCCUGUGUCAUGUCCUGUUCCUCUCUCACCUCGGUCCUUCCUAGCUUGGGCAGGCUUCUCAGAUGAAGGUACUCCAGUUAUUAUGGACAGUACUGGCGUUGUGCGCAUCAUGCACUUCAAGUAUGGAUAUAACUGGACAAAUAUUCUCGACACUAAGAAACACACUCGUGGGAAGAGCGAUCACUACUUCCUGUUGGGGGUGAACGAGACUCAGGGCAAUGUACGCAGCAUUCUCUGCAAGGGCAGCCGGUACCCACCAGUUCUACCCAAGCCUCAUGUCUCCAUAAUUAAUAUACAGAUACCUCUGUGUGAGCUGGAAACUGAGAAAGGUGAACUGGAGGAAAAGGCAGCUAGGACGGGUCUUCUCAUGAACACACUCACCAGACUUAACCAGCAAGGUUUUGAAGUGGACACCUCCAAGAGCGAAGCUGAGAAAAUCAUUAAAGAAACCAUGAUUAAGCUUUUUGCUCUGGCGUGUCGCACAGAGCGUGAGUCUCGGGCGCUGGAAGUCUGUCAGUUGAUGCCCUCAUACCAUACUGUUGAGCUUGCAAUCAAAUAUGCAGGAAAACUGCGCCUUCUGCAACUGGCUGACCGUCUGGGAGAAGUUGCUUCAGCAAAGUUGGAUGAAGAACUGGAGAAAGAAUCAAAGUCUCACAUACCAGUGGAGGAUGACUUGCAAAGGUAUGGUGGAUAUACACGGAGAAUACGUGCAAGAUCCCCCGAGGAAGAGGAAGACGAGAUACAAGAACACUCUUCCAGUCACUGUCAGCAGGAGGAGGAGAAUGGUGAUGCACAAGAGAACCCACUGCUUGCUGCUGUAGCAGCUAGGAGAGAGAGCAUAAAGGGCAGUCCCAGGCUACUUACUAAGCAAGCUACACUGAAAAGAAAUUCUCAGGAAGAUGUUCCGGUAACCUCAGGGAAGGAAAGCCAGUCUGAAAAUACAACAGGUGCCUCAGCCAGGACAGAAACUCUAAACGUAUUUAGGAAAAAAGAGACAUCGCCACAGCCUCCCGUCAGAAAACAGUCGGCUCUUCAGUUGUGGUUAGCAGACAGUGAAGAGAGUGUUAAGUCACAGUAUCCUGAGGCCAGUGAGAAGGAGCUACUGGCUAAGGCUGCCUUGAUGUUCAAAGAUCUUGAUAAUGAUACCAAACAAAGGCCUCAAGUGCUGGAAGAGGUAGAGAAACUGUUGCUAGUGUGGUUGAAUGAGAAACAACUUGCUGGUGAUAGCAUAAGCGAGGCAAUCAUAUGCAAGAGAGUCAGGAAGAUACACAGUGAUGUGCUGCAGAAUUACCCUUCUACGAGUGCAGAAAGUGAUGAAUUUAAAGCCAGCAAGUGGCGAUCUAAAAUUAAACCGCUAGUUGUAUACCACUUCGAAAAUCCUUGGGCGUUCAAGCAGCACAGUGUGAACAAGGCCAGACUGCCCAUGAAGGAUUGGGCUACAAGGAGCUUGCUUUUAGAAUGGUUGCACAAAUCUUUUGCUCCUACUGCUAGGAAAUAUCUUGCUGACAAUCUUCUGCCUGAUGGGCAAUGCACUGGCACACCCUCCAAUAUGAAUAUUGAGUAUGACUUCAUUAAGGUCAAGUUCAUCUCCCACAAUGCAACUCCUCUUCUGCAGCCCAUGGACCAGCAAGUGAUCUCCAACUUCAAGAAGCUGUACACUAAGGGACUCUUCACCGGGUGUUUUAAUGUGACCGAGGAGACAUCUUUGACACUGAAGGAGUUCUGGAGGAACCAUUUCAACAUUAAGUACAGUCACAAGCUGCAGGAGCUUCCUCACAGAGUACACCUCAAGCAGCAACUCCAGUUUCAGAGAGUACACCUCAAGCAGGCAACUCCAGUUGAUGAUGAUAAAAAGCGGAAAAGAGAGGAGGUCAUUGAGGAAUCUCCUGUUGAAAAAGAAACCAAGGGUUCAGGACUUAAGAAAUUGGCGCUUUUGUCUUUAGGGAAAGAAUCCUAA